UGGAGCGCGCGGCCGGUAACGCUCCGGGCAGGGCAGACUCCGGCCGGGCUCGCGGCGGCCGUUUCCGAGCCGCCCACCCCUCGCGGCGGCGCCAUGGGGCCGCAGGAGCCGGCGCGGAGCGGCCCCGCCGCCCUGUCCCCGGCAGCGCUGGGGAAGCUGAAGCAGCGGGCGGCGGAGUGCAUCGAGCUGAGCGCCGGGCGGCUGAGCGCCCUGAGCCGAGAGAUCUGGAGCCGCCCCGAGCUGGCCUACGAAGAGCACCAGGCGCACGGCGCCAUGACCCGCUUCUUCGCCUGCGCCGAGCUGCCGGGGGCCGCCUGGGCUGUGCAGCCGCACUACAAGCUGGACACGGCCUUCCGGGCCGAGUGGGGCCCCGCCGCCCCGGCCCCGCGGCCGCUGCACUUGGGCUUCCUGUGCGAGUACGAUGCGCUGCCCGGGAUCGGACACGCCUGCGGCCACAACCUCAUCGCCGAGGUGGGGGCCGCUGCGGCCCUGGGCGUGAAGGGCGCCCUGGAAAGUCUGCCCCAGCCGCCUCCCGCCGCAGUGAAGAUCACAGUGCUGGGGACUCCUGCAGAAGAAGGUGGAGGCGGAAAAAUAGAUCUCAUAGAAGCUGGUGCUUUUGAUGAUCUGGAUGUUGUUUUUAUGGCCCAUCCAGCACAAGAUGAUGCUGCUUAUUUUCCUGAUGUGGCUGAGCAUGAUGUGACUGUGAAAUACUAUGGAAAAGCUUCUCAUGCUGCUGCUUAUCCUUGGGAAGGAAUAAAUGCAUUAGACGCUGCUGUUCUUGCAUACAACAAUCUGUCAGUUUUAAGACAGCAAAUGAAACCAACCUGGAGAGUUCAUGGUAUAAUAAAAAAUGGUGGCGUGAAACCUAAUAUCAUCCCUUCUUACACUGAACUAGAGUUUUACUUGCGUGCCCCUUCACUGAAGGACCUUGCCAUUCUGACAGAGAGAGCUGAAAAUUGCUUCAAAGCAGCAGCUGUGGCCACAGAAUGCAAAGUGGAAAUCAAAGGUGGAAGGCAUGACUACUACAAUGUGCUUCAGAACAAGAGCCUGGAGAAAACUUACAUAGAGAAUGGAAAGGAGCUUGGAAUGAAAUUCCUUUCAGAUGAGUCUUUUUUGAAUGGUCCAUCAGGUUCUACUGACUUUGGGAAUGUUACAUAUGUGGUUCCUGGAAUUCAUCCCUAUUUCUACAUUGGCUCAGAUGCAUUGAAUCAUACUGAGCAAUACACUGCAGCUUCAGGGUCUCAAGAAGCACAGUUCUACACUCUGCGUGCAGCAAAAGCUUUGGCAAUGACUGCACUAGAUGUUAUCUUCAAGGCAGACCUGUUGGAAAAAGUCAGAGAAGACUUCAGACAAAUGACACUAAAAGAGGAAGGCCACUUAAAUGUAAGGGAACAAGGCAAAGAAUCUGGCACCGGGGCAGUGUGUGCAACACGUUAAACAAAACUAAAGCCUAAAUACUUUCAUGUUAAUGGAAUAAAUGUUCUACUUGAAUCCUAAAGGAGGCAGGACAGAUUUCUCAGCGGGAGGAAGGUUGAUUUUUUUUUUUGCUGUUUUUUUUUAAGAGGGAUGUAGGGAAACCAAAUGAUCUCAUUACUUUCAAAAAUAUUUCCUCUUUAAAAAUAACUACGUAGUUGUAAUUUUGCAUGCUAUAAAAUGAUGCAUGCUUUUUGAGUCUGGGUGGUUGAUCCAUAGUGACAGACAAUUGGUUGAAUGCUUUUGCACAGUAAUUCAGUCUACAGCUACAACAUCCACAUUUGGGGGUAAGAUGGCAGAACCAUAUAGAAAAACUCACCUAUUAAAAUAUCCUAAAUACAUUGACCUGUCAUGGUAAACCUUUUGUGGGGAAGGACUGGAGGAGCCAUAUGUUGAUAUCUGUACAAGAUGUAUAACAAUCCCAUCCCCUAGCUAAAGUACAAACUUUCAGGGGAAAGUAACCUACCAGAGGGUAAAUCUGUACACUUGCACCAAAAUAGGGUGCCUAAAAUAAAAUUCUAAAUACUUAUGUAGAUGCCUAAAUUGGUAGCCUUAUUUUUCAGUGGUGCUAUGCUCCUAGCAUCUCCCACGGAACUAAUUGGAACUGCAUGCUUCCAAAAAUCAGGGCUUGCUCAUAGGAGUUCAACUUAGGACUUGUCUGCAGGAGAAAGCUGCACCUGUUUAAAGGUGUCAAAUUUUUUUUAAAGCCAAUUCAGUUAGACUAGUACAAAAGGUUUCAUAAACACUCCUUAUAUUUUGGUUUAACUUAAGUUUAAUAAUCUGUUUAAGCCAAACCAAAAUAAGUGUCCACACAAGAUUUUGCUUAAGUUGGUUUAAAACCAUCUGCAGUUUUCUCAAACCCAGCAUCAAGUUUAUUUUUUAAAAAAAAAUUAUUUAUUUUAAGUCUUCACCCUGGUGCUGUCAUACAGAACUAGUCUCCCCAGCUCUCCUUCCUGUCAGUUUCCAGUCACGUGUCAUUGCAAGACUAGAAUUCAACACUAAUGUAACGAAGCAAAGAGAACAGCUGUGCAAAAUGGAAUGUAUCUGAAAGACUACUAAUUACAUGUCUGACUUUGAGAAUUUUUUUUUCCUAAUGUUGGACAAUGGACUUACUCUUUUAUAUUCCCCAUGUACUUAGUUUCUCUGGUAAAUCAUAGAACAGUGAUUGUCUGUUCAGGACUUUCUGGAAAACAUUAUACAAAAUUAAAUCACAGAACUUUUGUAUUCAAAACGCUGCAUGUAAGUGUUUGAUACCGUUUAAAGCCAACUGGAAGCUAAGUCCCAUACAAUUGCAUAGCAAAUGAACAUUUUCAUAAUCAUCUUGUUUAAAAGUUACUUAAAUCUACCACGUUUUCUUCCUAGAGCAACUUCAGUACCUCUGCUGAUCUUACACAUUAUAAUGCAAAACUUCAGUAUAAUAUUUACAUUCUCUAGUCUAGAGUACAUGCAUUCUUUUCCCUUUGAUCUUUCAGAAAUUACAUUUUAGGCUACACUAUACAAUAGUAGGCCCUGGAUUUCUUCAGAGCUUUAUAAAAAAAAAUAUUGUAGUAUCUUUGGAUAACUACUAACACUUCAGUCACGGUCAUCAAUAGUCCAUGGAUCCUUUUAGCUAACAGUAUUUGUCCUUGGAUUAAUAGAAGACUGAUUCUUCAUCUUAUAGCCAAUUAAGAUCUUGCUGGUAUCCAAGAUUUUACAGGUUUUGGAUCAGCAGAUAAAAAUAGUGGUUUCCCUGAAGUUCUUCAAGAAUCCGUAAGCCCCACUGUGUCAGAUAAGGAUGUACAAACCCUCAUCUCACAGCAUUCCCUUUGUUCAGAUGGAGAGAAUCCCAGCCCAAACCAGCUAACAGUUAAACAUAAAUGUCUAUAUUGUCUGUAGCCUUUAGAGAUGACAAUGCUGCUCUCCCACUUGGUUCAUAAAAUGCACCCUGAUGGGACCAUAUGUUCUAACUGGAGGUUUCCUUAAUGGAUAAAACUGAAACCACUCUCCUAGAUCAAAAUUGUUUAAAGUAUUGGGGAGGCAGCCCUGACAGCAGAUUUAUCUUGUGGUCUUGUGCUGAUCAACUGGAAAGGAAAAAGGUUCAAGGAAGUCCUAGAUUUAUAAUAUCUUGCCCCUUGAAUCUUGGCUCAGAUAUCAGAUGUCUACAUGGAAAACUAUUCCUGUAGUGGAGACUUCUGAUAAAACUUCAGUGUGGGGGGAAGAAAAACCUAAUGAGAAUGCCAGCUGACCAUCACACCCUUCUUCUGGAUGUUUCUGGCCCCUUCUAGGUGAGUUACCUUACACAGUUUUCUGCAUGUGUGCAGAGACAUGAUUCAAACAAAUCCCUGUCUCCUUCUCACUGCUUCUGUCCUGAUUAGAGAGGAAAAAAUUAAAAAUGCUACAGUGUAAAGCAUAUGGAGUAUCCUAGCUCUGUGUGCCCAAACCUUUGAAGUCAGAAGCCUGUCCUGACACUUUUAUUAAAUUUAUUAAAUUUUAUUAAUAAACUUUUAUUAAAAGGGAAUGCUGUGAGAUGAGGGUUUAUUAAAUUAAUGCUUUAAAUUCAGGAUCAAAAAAGAGUGGAAGAUGACUAAGGGAGGAAUUUCAUGUUCAGAUACAAACUGUUUUGAUAUUAGCACACUCAUGAAAUUUAAGACUGAAAAGCAGGUUUAUUGCGUUUACUUUAACUGAGUUUUUCUCAAGUAUAAAAAUUCUAAGAGAAACACACAGAAAAUAGUAAAUGAAGUAGAGCUAUGUGUAUUCCUCCAAGGCACCCAGUUAUCCUCUUUGAAGUGGUGUUUUAGCAGCACAAGUGCUGUUUUCUAACCAAGUGCAAAGUAGGAAUAUUACUGGGAUAUGGAAAAAUUCUGAUCUAGGUCUCCCUCAGUCUCACUGGGUGAUGCUGUUUUGCUUUAAUUAAAUAUUAAUUGGAGCAGAGAUUUACAAUGACUAUAGCCCAGGGGUUAGGGUGCUCACCUGAGUGGGAACAGAUCCUUGUUUAAAUCCCUGCUCCUCAUGCAGUGGGGACUUCAACUGGGGUAGUCUCCCACAUCCUGGCUGAGUACCCUAACCACUUGGCUAAAGAUAAGGGAGGUGGAUGCCUUUUCUUUCCCCUACCCUCCCAGCUGUUUUGUGUGAAGUUAAAUGGCCUCUGAGCACAUCUACUGGAUUGGGUCCCAUAUACAACUUAGGUGCCCAAUGCCUAUCUCACUUCUGGUUCAUGGGUAACUAUAUGGCUUAGAUGGGAUAUUAGACAUCAGGAUGCCUCAGUGAAGCAGCAGUGUGCAUGCCCAGAUGCAGAAACAUAGGCACCAGGGAAUUUUCACUGCAAAAACUUAGAUUCUGAGCAAGUUUAGGCACCUACGGGGUUUUGUGGUUCACAGUGGUCAUUGACUACCUAUCCUCUGGCUAUUCUUACAUACAUCAUACAAACUUUUGUGAGAGGAACAGACUGAUCCAAAGUCAGUUCAGAACCGGACACUAAGCUAAGUAUGUCCAUGAUAGAGAACUAAAUAUCAAAGCUAGCUGGCAUGUAGUAUGCUACUGUGUUUUCUUUUGCAUCGGUCUUUGUUAAAUUUUGUCCAAAAGUUCCCUAAUAGGGUUUCUUUUCAGUAUUGAUGCAUCAGCCCAGAGAUGAGUAGUACAAUUUUUCCUGUAUUUUAUAUGGUCCUGUGGCUUCUAAAGUUAGUUUGUGAAAAGUUUUUGUUUUUACUUUCAGUGCAUUUGUAUGGUUUUUCUCUGGUGUAGAAUCUUUGUUUAUAGUAUUGAGCUUUUCUUCAUGUUUUUUUUUCCUACUCCCCUCCUGUGUCAGCUAUCUAAUGUUUGUCUUGUAUGAUUUUUUUCCUCCAAUGCACUACAUAGAUUUUGAUUUUUCUCAGAUAGGAAUAUCCUGAUGCAAAUUUUCUUCAUUAUGUUACAUGAAUGUCCCAUCUUCAAAGACCUCUGUAUUCCCCAAAUUCUUUUCUAGAAGAGCUAUGGAAGUUAGUGUCAUUCUGUGGUAGACUUUUUUUCUGUCCUUUGCAGCUAGGACUGCAAAGAACAGAAACUUUAUCUCAGAAGUUUCAAUAAAGGAUCUGUUGAUCUUUGAGAUAUGUAUGUGACAGGUCAGCUGAGUUCCUUAGAAAGCUUUGGCGGUGUUGCUUCCUUUUCCCUCUUCUUCUAGGAUUCAUUUUACAGGUUUUGGCCCAAAGGCAUGCAUCUGGGAUCCAGGUGCUGCUACUAACCCAUGUUAAUGGGAGCAUCUCAUCAGAUUAGCCCAUUAAGGCAACUGUGUAAAGAGAACAGGUCAGUGAGGAGAUAGGGUGGAUGUAGCUAUGCUACCGGUUGAUGUUGACAGCCUUGUUUGGUGUUUUGGCCCCUCUCAAAGUUGAGGAAGGGCAAAAUAAAUAGACUUUAAUCUUUACCUAAUUAUCUGGAACGCUGCUGUGAUACAUAAAAGGCAACCUGCUCGUGCAGGCCCUCUGACAAUAUGGUUCCUUUCUUUCCCAAACAGAUAGCUGUCGGGCUGAAUAAUUUGUGAAGCCUCUUUUACUUUGAAUUCUUAAAAUAUUUUUUUAUUCUCUCUGGCUGUCUCACAUCAACACUUGUGUCCCAAAGUGGAUGUAGUUAAUGCUGUAGAAUAAUCAUAGUCAACAUGCUAUACAAAAGUCAGUCAAAUGCUAAAAUUGCAGAUAUUUCCAUUCAUUAAUAUCUUCAUCAAACAUGCACCUGUUGACAUCUGCUUCAUUUGCUGGAAUUGGAUAGUGACCGUAGUAUUCAAAAUAUUUGAUUUUUAAUCUUGGGGUACAGGUUUCACUCCUAGCUUAUGUAACUUCAGUUUUCUCUGGAAGGCUGUACUGAGCUCCCUGAGUCCUAGAAGUAUAGAACUGGAAGGGACCUUGAGAGGUCAUCUGGUGCAAUCCCCUGCACUGAAAGCAAGUCUAUAUAAUAACUAGACCAUUCCUGACAGGUGUUUGUCUAACCUGUUCUUAAAAACCACCAAUGAUAGAUAUUCCACAACCUCUUUAAGCAAUUUGUUCCAGUGCUUAACUAUCCUGACAGUUAGGAAAAACUUCCUAAUGUCAAUCCUUAACCUCCCUUGCUGCAAUUUAAGCCCAUUGCUUCUUGUCCUAUUGUUAGAGGUUAAUGAGAACAUUUUUUCACCCUUCUUGUAAUUUAUGUACUUCAACUUUUAUGUUCUCCCUCAGGCUUCUUCAGACUAAAGAAACCCAAUUUUUUCAAUCUUCCUUCAUAGGUCUUGUUUUCUAGACCUUUAACCAUUUUUGUGUUGCUCUCCUCUGGACUUUCUCCAGUUUGUCCACAUCCUUCCUGAAGUGUGGUGCCCAGAACUGGAAACAACACUCCAGUUGAGCGCUUAGCGGGGAAUAGAGUGAAAGAAUUACUACUUGUCUUUCUUGCAACACUCCCUUUACAUCCCAGAAUGAUGUUUGCUUUUUUUUCCCCCCAACAAUAAUACACUGACUCCUAUAACCACUUAUAAAUCUGUUCAGUUACUUUAGAAUAAUCAAAUUAAGAUACCAAAGUAGAGUAUAAAGGAGGAAAAAUCUUCAUGCUUUAUUGGCCUUCAUGGGUUGUUUUUUGUUUGGUGGUAUCUCCUUUAGAAAUAGUUGUAAGUUGUCACUGAGGUAUGAGAGAGAGUGUGGGUGGAAGUAAUACCUUUUACUGCACCGACUUCUGUUGGUGAGAGAGACAAGCUUUCGAGCAUACCAAGCGCUCUCCCAGACUUGAAGAGCUCAGAGACAAGCUUUUGAGCUUACACAGAGCUCUUCUUCAAGUCUGGGAGAGCGCUUGGUAUGCUCGAAAGCUUGUCUCUCUCAUCAAUAGAAGUCAGUACCGUAAAAGGUAUUACCUCAUCUACCUGGUCUCUCUAAGGUCCUAGGACCAACACAGCUACAACAACACUGCAUACAACAAUUGAGGUAUAUGUAAUUCAUAUGUCUGCUGCCCUAUUUUGUGGGUAAGUGGGGGACCUUUUGUUUCAAGUGUUUGACACAUUUCACUAACAUUGGAUUCAAAACCACCUACAUUAAACAAUGAGUUGCAAAGACAGCGUGAUUGUUUCUCCCCUCUGCUCUCCACCAACUGAAGCACAGAAUUAAACUUCUAGUUCUUACAGGGAUUUAUUUGUUCUACCUUCUCUACAGUGGGUUGGGUUCAAACAAGCGCUGGUACCCUUUGCAGUUUUAAGCCUUUUUUUGUUCUGCAGACCUGUCGACUCUACUUGAACCUGUAACUUGACCUCAUUUUUCUAAUUUUGUAUGAUCUGUACAGAACCAGUUUUCUUUUGGCAUUUAGUUCACACAGAUUAUGAUGUUCAUUUCCUACUUGUGUGCAUCCUAUUUUCUGCAGCAAUAAUAAACCAAUUUUGAAAGAAUGAAUGGACUUCAGGGCAAGUUAAGUGUAGGCCUGAUUAUUAAUCUGUGCACACUUUAUCCUGACAUGAUGCUAAUGCACAAAUGUAGCAAUAACAUUUACUUCUAAGCCAUCUGCAGAAGUUAUUCUCAGAACUUUACAUCUGAGCCCCAACAUUGCAAUAUUAUGUUUUGAUGCUUCCUGGCAUUUUGCAUUAUGAUAUAGCAUUAGUAUAGGAUGAUGUUUAAUUAACAUUGCAAACCUUACAAGGCCAUUUCAAUAUGUGAUUUUUGUGGCUCUAACUCCAGUACAAUAUCUCUUUUCUUUCCCCUCUUCUGGCAGUUCCUUUAGAAGUGGGGUGGGUGAGGAAUAUUUCUCCUUCCCCCUCCUCAUACUGCUUUUCUACACCUCAGUUUGUUUCUUCCCUGUUUGGGGUGUGUGGGGCAAGGAUAAUUGUGUUCAGUUAUACAAUGUGAAGGUUAAUUAUAGACCAAUGCCUAAAUUUUUAGAAAAUUUUACCCGCCAGGUGGGUGCCCUAAGCUACAGAGUUAAUUCUCUUGCCGCCCCAAUGAGUGUGCCACUGUGGAUAAAUAUUUAAAUACACUCUGGCUGGCUCAAUGAGUGACUCUAGCCUGGGGGUUAGACUCAGGGUCCAGCCAUCCUGGUCCAAUCACUCUAUAAUACAUAGUGGAACAGCUUCAACAGGACAGACUGAGGGAGCCCUUUACACCCCAAUCAGACUAUCCCAUAACUCAGUGGUUAGAGUAUGCUCCUGAGAAGUGGGAAACCACAGUUCAAAUCCUCUUUUCCCCAUUAAGUAUGUGUGGAGGGGAACUGAAGGUGGGUUUCCCAUAUCCCAGUUGAGUGCAGUAGGUGAAAAGUUAUAAGGUGGGCUCCUCCUCUUCCAGUUACUUUUGUGUGGAAUGAGGCAGGUGCCUAACUCAUUCCCACAAGAAAUGACUUAGACACCUAAGCCAUCUAACUCCAAAAGAAGGGUUCUUUUUCAUGGAUCACUCACAGAUAGGCAGGCUCAACGCCCAACCCUCUCCUUGGCAUUUUGCAUUGGCGAGCAAAAGUGGCUCCCCACCUAGCCUGCUGACUCUUGUGGGUUACAUUCUAAGGUGCCUCUCCCCAUUCAUUGAAUAGGAGCUUUGGCAUCUGACUCCGGCUUUGUGGAUUGCAGUGUUGUUUCUGUGACUUUUCUUGGCACCUCAAAGUGAGGCAUUGCAAUGCUCAGAGUCACAGCACCUAAGACCCUUUGUGGAUCUGGGCUUAAGUGACCUGGGAGCACAAGUCCAAUUGACUUUCAAUUACCUGUGCUCUUGAAUCACAUUGGCAUUUUUGAAAAUCUCAUGUGAUGUUUCUUUUCUAGUUUUUUAUUGCUAUAACUGCUUCCUCUUUUCCCCCAAUUCUCUGUUUACACUUUAUUCAAAGUACCCUCAGUUUGAAAAAUAUUGGAGUAUCUUUGGCAUAAAUAUUCAAUUAUUCAAAAUGCAUUAGUAGCUGACUGUAAUUAUUUACUUGAAGUUGAAUAAAUGUGACACCUAAGUGCAGCAUAUUUAUAUUAAGGUUGCAGGAUCCAUAUAAAACUCCUGUGAUGAAUUUAUACCUCUUCAUGUCUAAUAAGCUGCAGUGCUCUGAUAAAUAUCCAUCCUAGAACUUAAGCAAAAGAUGUGCCUAGAAAGCAAAGUAGCCUAUGAAACACCUCUAAAGAGAAUUCCUCCUUUCAUGAAGCUGUUUUUGAGGAAGAGAACCUUUGUAUGUUACAAAACAGAUACUUCAGCUGGUAAGAAGGGUAGAGUAUCCUUUCAUCAAAGCUUAUUGUAUAUCAAAUAUGCUCUUUACUUGUGUUUUCUAGUAAAUCAUUGCUGUUCUGCUAUCACUAUUGUUUUUGACUGUGCAAUAGGCUUUUAAUGAUGUGCAGUGUAUUCAGUACAUGUUAAAUUCUUAAAUAAAAAUAAAUUCAUAUGUUUAGUGGC